AUGGAGAGAUCGUCCAAAGGGUUAAAAAAAGGUGCAUGGACCCCCGAAGAAGAUAGUCUUUUGAGGCAAUGCAUUGAUAAGUAUGGGGAAGGAAAAUGGCAUCAAGUUCCUCUACGUGCUGGGUUAAACCGAUGCAGGAAGAGCUGCAGAUUAAGAUGGGUGAACUACUUGAAUCCCAAUAUCAACAGAGGAGAAUUUACUUCUGACGAAAUUGAUCUUCUCCUUCGUCUUCAUAAGCUUCUGGGAAACAGGUGGUCAUUGAUUGCUGGUAGAUUGCCUGGUCGGACCGCUAAUGAUGUCAAGAAUUACUGGAACACCAAUUUGGCUAAGCAGCUAGAUUCGCGUUUUAGGAGCAAAAUGAGAAAUAGUGAAGGUACUUGCUCAGCUGCAACACCAGCCCAAAAACACACUGUUAUAAGGCCUCGACCUCGAUUCUUCUCCAACAACAAUUGGUCCAUCUCGGUUAAUGAUCUGUCCGAAGUUGGCAUCGGCGAAGUUAUCAGCACCAAAUAUGGUAGUAUCACAAGUAACAAAGACGACGAGAAAUGUGAUUUUGUCAACAAUCUAACUGAUGGAGAGAGUAUGUGGCGGAAGAGAUUGCUUGAAGAGAACCAAGAGGAAGAUGCAGUGGGUAAUGUAGGUAAUACAAUUGACGAGGAGGGAGACAGUUCUUCGAUUGAUUCAAUGUCUUCAACAUUUGAGAAACUUGAGAGUCUGUUCAAUAUAUAG